AUGGCGAUUGGUGUCAGACUCGUCAAUUCCACAUCCAUUGUUUAUCAACUGAGGUCUGCUGGCGGAGGCGCCAAGGAUGGUCCAACGCAAGUGCUGAUUACCGGGUGCUCGAGCGGCAUUGGUCGUGCCAUCGCAGAACUCGUCGCCAGCAAGCCCAACCGGCGUCUCAUUGCAACCGCAAGGAACCCCUCCAGCCUUGCAUACCUGCCGGACAGCAACUCCAACAUCCUCAAGCUUGCCCUAGACGUUGCCUCUCCCACUUCGGUGGAUAAUGCCUUCAAGGCGGCCGCUGCUCACUUCGGAGCUAGCUUCCACAUCGACGUCCUUGUCAACAAUGCUGGCUACUUGCUCUCAGGCGACACCGAGGCCGCAACCGAGCAGGAAAUGCACGAUGAGCUCGAAACCAACUUCUUCGGCACUGCGUACGUAAUCUACAACAUCUCUUCGGUCGCUGGUGUGUGCGGUUUCCCCGGAUAUGCCUUCUACCACGCCGAAAAAUUCGCUGUGGAAGGCUGGACCGAGUCUGUCGCCCGAGAAAUGCAUCCGGAUUGGAACAUCAAUUUCUGCCUGGUCGAGCCAGGCGCCAUCAAGACGAACUUCGAGACCUCUAGCAGAAAACAUAUAAAGUCUCAUGAAGCUGACGCGGGCAAAGACAUGCCUGCCCGGAAACUCGAGGUCUUCGUCGAGCAGAAUCUCAAGGCAGGUGUUGGCGUCGAGCCCAUCAUCGUCGCCCAAGUGCUGUUUAAUGUCGCCAAUCGAGGCGAGAAAGUUCCGUUUCAUCUGCCGCUCACAUCCACUAGAGUCCAGUUGAUCAAGAUGAAGCUCGAGGGACAGCUUCAGGGAUUGGAGACUACGAAGGAGUUGAGUGAUAUAGAUAAGAAUCCAGCUUAGUUCACGAUAGCCUCGAUAGAGUUGAAAGAACCACUCUAAGAUCUGGACCCUGCGGAGUCACGUGGUAUGGGGUUCUUGAGUAGUUUUCUUUACCGAUUUGAUUAUUCUGAAGACGUUACCUUACCUCAGUCGCUUGAAUCGGAGGUGUCGUACUAUCGUUUUGACAGUGCAGUCAGCUCUUUUGGAUACUCUAAGCCUAUGCGGCUUCGAAAAAGUGACGAUGUCAGUUCCGGGGCUCGUAAACAAGAGACCCCUAUUUCAUAACCCUAUUUUCUUC